UAACCAGAAAAAAACCGACUGCCCUGCUCUGCCUCUGAUUGGCUGGUACUCGAUGCCAUCUGGGUCAGAGUCAAUUAGAAGCAGGAGGUGGGUGGAAAAUAACUCUGUUGUCUCCGGUGUGUAUGGGGAAAGGGGCGGGACCGAUGGAACAGGCAAGACAAACUCCUACGUUUAAAUAACUUAUAGAAAAUACCUGCUUGACAACUUAUUAUGGAGCUGGGAACAAGCCCAAAUAACCAACUACACUUUAGUAACAAGCCCAAGAAAACCGCAACCCGCGACUACCAAUAUUUGUAAGCGACUUUACGGAAAAACAAGCCCAAAGUCGCUUAGAAUAAGCGGACUUGGCAACACUGCUCAGAAGGGGCGGGUACAUGAUUAGCAACACAAUAGCCUACCUCAUCUCAAAGGACAGAACAGGGGAUUUUCAUUCGACUGGAAGACUCAGUCAGAGGAGUACCAUCAACAGAGGAACAAAUGUCUCUUUUGGAGGAUUUUGUUUUCUUCCUUUUCUCUAGUCCCACCACUUUACUGGGGGUUGUUGCGCUCUUUCUCAUUCUCUAUCUUGUUUCUAGUAGUUUUACAUUCCAUGAAAUAGGGAAGGAGCCCCCAGGGCCAAGGCCUCUUCCCCUGCUUGGCAACCUGUUGCAGCUUGAUCUCAAAAGACCUUACCAAAGCCUCUGCAAGCUUUCAAAGAAACAUGGCUCUGUGUUUACGGUGUACUUUGGAACCAGUAAAGUGGUUGUUCUGUCUGGAUACAAAGCAGUCAAAGAGGCUCUGGUCGGCAAUGCAGAUGAGUUUGGAGACAGAUAUGUCUCCCCUAUUUUUCAUGAUAUGAGUCAAGGUCACGGAAUUCUUUUUGCAAAUGGAGAAUCAUGGAAAGAGCUGAGACGUUUCGCCCUCACGACCCUGAGGGACUUUGGGAUGGGCAAAAGAGUUGCUGAGCAAAAGAUCUUGGAGGAAUGCCACCAUCUGAUCCAAAUGUUUGCAAAGCAUGAAGGAAAACCAUUUGAUACAGCACAACCGGUAAAUUAUGCGACAUCCAAUAUCAUCUCCUCUAUCGUGUAUGGAAGCAGGUUUGAAUACAAUGACCUCCGAUUCAAAAACAUGGUGAGAAGAGCCAACGAGAACAUACGCAUUGCCGGCUCUCCACAAAUCCAGAUUUACAACAUGUUUCCUAGGCUGGUUGGUUGGAUAGAAAAACGGAAGCUAAUAUUAAAAAAUGUUGAAAUGAACAUCAGAGAUAUCAAAGAUUUAAUCAGGCAUCUCAAAGAGACACUAAACCCUCAGAUCUGCAGGGGCCUUGUGGACUGUUUUCUGAUUCGGAAGCAGAAGGAAGAGGAUUCUUCAGUUAUGGACACUCACUACAAUGAAAAUAACUUGCUAUGUACAAUAACAAACCUGUUUGCUGCUGGUACUGAUACCACAGCGACAACACUGAGAUGGAGUUUGCUGCUUAUGGCUAAAUAUCCACGUAUACAAGAUCAGGUCCAGGAGGAGCUGGGCAGGGUGGUUGGAAACCGUCAGGUCCGGGUAGAGGACAAGAUGAGCCUGCCCUACACUGAUGCUGUCAUCCAUGAGACACAGAGACUGGCCAGCAUUAUCCCCAUGGCCGUUCCUCACAAAACCAGCCGAGAUGUCACCUUCCAGGGCUACUUUAUCAAAGAGGGGACUACUGUGUUUCCUCUUCUUAAUUCUGUCUUGCAUGAUGAGAACGAAUGGGAGAGCCCACACACCUUCAACCCUUCCCACUUCCUGGAUAAGGAGGGUCAAUUUAUCAGGAGAGACGCCUUCAUGCCCUUUUCUGCAGGUCGCAGGGUGUGUCUUGGGGAAAAUCUGGCUAGGAUGGAGCUCUUCCUCUUCUUCACUGCCCUCCUCCAGCGCUUUCGUUUCACUCCUCCACCUGGAGUUACAGAGGAUGAGCUGGAUCUGACACCAGCUGUGGGCUUCGUCCUCGCCCCUUCACCUCAUGAGCUGUGUGCCGUCAGUCGCAAUGAGGAAGAGAGCUGGAGCAUAGCCUUAUAACUGCCUGUGCCAACGACAGAGUGAAACAACACAUAGUCAUGACGCUGUCAUAAACGUUAGCUAACAAAAACGGGCACCAUCGAAUAACUGAUGUUUUAUGAACGUUGGCACUCCGAAUCCCGUUUUGAAAAUAAAUUGUUAACCAGAUUUAAUACAAAGAGUACAGAAACAAAGCACAGUCUUACUAAACUGUUUUACAUAGUGUCAUUUGGUGAUAAGCAGGGUAAAAAGAAAAACUCACAAUCACAACGUAAUAAGUACAAACGUUAGACUGCAAUUAGACGCCCCCAGAACUUCUGAGGCGAACGCUCUUACUGGGUGAACCUCUUCAUCUUUUAAAUAAAAAUAAUGACGUAACGUUAGUUGACAGAUUAGCUAACGCUAGCUAUAUAGCUAGCCGCAGAGGGCGCACGUCGUCUGCCCGUGCGUGGUACAAUGCAGGGCGAAGAAGAGUGCGCAAAUGGCGUAAACAUUAAUACAUUACAUUCAUGAGUGUAAGCUGAAGGAUUUUGUUCUUUUUUCCUAGUUAGAAGGAGUAAAACGCUGGUGUCCAUAUAAACCACCUCAGGCAUAGUGACAAGUAGCAGCUGUCAGAAUGUGUGACCCCAC